UCAAAAUACCUGCGGAGGACCUGAGAGGAGGAAGAGGACAAAAUAAUCUGAACACCAGCUCCACCGAAACAUGAGGAUACAUUUGACAGUCUUUUUACUUUUAAUUUCGGGAUCAAUACAUCCUAUCAUUGCGUGGGACUUGGAGGGAUCAGGAUAUGACUUGGAGGGCUCUGGCUCUGGGGGUUGGUCAGAACAAGGUGAAACGAAACAUACCAAGGAUCACCCCAACACCAAAGAUGUCACAGUUUUUCCAGCAAACACAGGAGGAGAAAAUAAGAAUACUUUCCAUGGUUCUUCAGUCCUGAACUUUGACAGUACGCAUGGAGACAAUGGAUCAGGAUUUAUUGUUAUGGCAAACAGCAAGAGUUUACUGGAAAGCAAAGAAAUCAUUGCUGGUGUUAUUGCAGGAGGCGUAACAGGAGCGGUUCUUGCAGCUACACUGGCAGCACUGUUAAUCUACACAUGGCAGAAGAAAGAUAAUGGAGGAUACACUCUCGGCCACCAGAAGGCUUCAGACUGAGAUUAUCACAGAGCCAACAGGGAAGAGGUUGUUGUGUGACUUAAAACUUUAAAACUGGUGCUUUGGUUUCAAGGCAGUGGUUCCUAACCUUUUUCCUCAAGGGACCCAUUUAUUUAUCAUUGAGUAAAUUUAUGACCCCUGACUGAGUGACAUAUUUUAUGGAUAUAUCCAAAUAUAUCAACUGCAUUACAAUAACAGUGCAGAAUAGCUGAUAAAGUGUAUAAUUAACACAAAUAGUGAACAAGAUGACAGGAAGUUUGGAAGGAAGUUUGUUUAAAAUGAACAAUUUGGAUGAUGAUCAGAAUAUUGAAAUCCUGAUAUAUUUUUAGGAUUUUUUUAAAUUCUUAAUUCAAUUCCCGGUCAAGCAUACACUCUUAAUAGGCUUAUUUGUUUUGACAAAUUCAGUGACUACUUUUCCCCAAUGCUUAGCCAUUGCUCUACAAGAUCUUUGGUUGUUGUAACUGCAUACUUUUCUAACGCAGGAUGAGUGAAUAGCAGAUAGUGAGUGCUCUGUGAAUGUACAGCAGCUUGUGUACAUAUUAUCUACGAGCUCUUUUUUAAAAAAAAAUUCUAUCUUUAAAAAAUCUUGACUUUAAAAACUAACAAUUUAAAUGUUUUCUUCACUGAAGUGAAUGAAAUGCUGAAAUGAGAUACACAGGGUUCCACAUUUAGCAUAGAUCAUCUAAUCUUUUCUUUUCAAAAGUGAUAUGUGACAGAAAAUAUUUGGGCAAAAUAAAAUUGUUCUUCUUCAGUUUUGAUUAUUAGAAAACUGCUCUAAACAAAAUCUAAGUGGCAUUCAAAAGUCUUAAAUCUGUUUUGCAGAUUUGCAGUAAUCCUGGAGUUAAAUUUUCAUACACCCCUUAAAAUCAAGAAGGCCUCUUGACCUCCCCUAAAGCUUUGGCGACCACUACGUUGGGAACCACUGUCCUAAGUUGAAGCGGCCAGGCAUUGACUGGACCAUGGAGCCUCUGUAAAUGUAUUCUUUUCUUAUAUUUUUGAGGGGAGGGUCGGGGUCCAUUGGAAAUGAUCGUUAUUCUUGCACUUUAUGUAAAUGCAUCUGCAGGUGUUCAUUGAUAAUUUAUUUAUAUGUUUGAAAAAAUAUGAAGAAUUGUCUUAAUUGUCUUGUUUCAAAAAGAUUUUAGUCGAGGUUUGUUGCACACAGGCCUGUAGUAGGUAACGCUCAGGUCACAUCCUCUGUAUUUUAAGGGAUGUGGGGUAUGUUACUGUUUAACCUUAUUUUUUUUGUGGAAAUCAGGUGGAGUCUGCAAAGAUAAUGAUCAAAGACUUAAUUGACUUUUAAUUGAAAUGUAUAUCUGGCUUCAGCAGGUGUGUAUGAUCCUUCAUGACGUGUGAUUGAAUGAAGAUGGUCACAGAUGCAGUGUGUGAUUAUCAACCACGUAUGAUACACUUUGAUGUGUAUUGUUUUAAAGGGCAGCUUUAUUUGCUUCCAUGCACAUAUGUAGCAUUUAAAUUGAAAAAAAAAGACCUAAUCACUUUAUGACAACUGUUUUCCACAGAAAAUGCUUGAUAGCCCAUUUCCAUGGAUGACAUGUCACAGUAAGAAAAGCACAGAUGUAAAUAAUAUAAAUAACAAUGGCUGAAUUCCAUGUACUUUAGUUUCAGGUUCCUGGUAUUGUGCAUGCUGGCUCAUUGUCAUGUCUCACAGGGACACUUGGAUAAAGCAGAGCCAUGUUAAUGUCAUUAGUGACAUCUGUGCUUUACUAUGUCAAAAUGUCUGCUGUGAGCACCCCUUGUCACACCCUGCAAGAAUUAAAUGUUGGCAUUGUACGUUUCUGAAAAACCAUGGAUAUCUUACUUUUGUAUGUUUCAUAUGUAUAAUAUCAACAUUUUGAAGUGAUGUAAUUCAGAUUAUAUGUAUAUGAAGUGAGUUUCUAAUCAGCAGAAGGCGAUGUCAGAUGGUGUGACCUAGGUGAGAAGGCUGCCAAGCAGCAGACAACAACAAUCACUAUUCAAGACCAAAAAACAGAAAUGGGUAUUUUUAGCGACACAGAACAUUUCCAGCCAUGUUUGUGAUGAUCAAACUGUGAAUUUUAUUCCAAAACUUGUUCUCCUUACCCUAAGUAAUAGAUUUUUGUGCCUGAAUCUAACCACAUGUGAACACGGCAUUGUCACAUUAAAAUUAAAAAUUGAAAGUUUCAACAAAUCUGCCACAUGUGAAACAUACAAAAUUAACAUAUUUGUGGUUUGCAGAAAUGCACUAUGUCAACAUUUAUUCUUGCAUUUGGAUCCUAGGUGUACUGGGGUCUUUAUAAGCUAUAUUUUAGGACUUAUGACCUCAAUAUUUAUAGAAUCCUGUCUACUGCAUUGGUGUACCAAAAAUAUUUGAUCCACAGCGUGUUAAGUAGGGAAACCUCAGUGUUAGCCCUCAUUAGAACUAGCGAAAUUAUUCAUGUGAUCUGAGAUAAGAAUGAGGAAUCUGGGGAAAACUCACUUGAGGGUGUGUAUUAAAUGUAAAUAACAAUAAUUCUGUAAUAAUAAUAGGCUGCUAUAAUGUAGCACACGUUAUCUCCUUGAGAUGUGCCAUAAAAUGACAUUUGCUAUUUUUUUAAAAAUUUCAGAUUUGUUAAUAAAUGAGAUUUAUAACAACAUUAA